GCCCGAGGGGGCACGGCUGGGUCGCUCGGGCUCCUGCAGUCCAGACUGCCAUGGCGAGGUCUCUUUUCGCGGGGCUCUGCGUCUUCGCCCUUUGCGUCUUCAAGGGCGAUGCAGGGACAGAAACACUUGUGAUUGGGAUAGCAGGCAAAGAUGUGACCCUGAUGUGUCAGAAUGCAUCAGAGCAAGCACUUGUGGUGGAGUGGUUCCGUGGGGACCCUAGUACUACCCCUAUUCUUUUCUCCUCGGAUGGUGAGGUCCCGGACGAUGCUCGUUUCUCGCUAGUUGGGAACACUUCCUUGCACAUCUCAGAGCUGCGCCUGCAGGACGAAAGCAACUACACCUGCAAGGAAGUGCUGAACGAGACGGCUCACUUGCACCGAGUCCAGUUGCUCGUGGCCAGCGGCCCCGACAAUAUGAAUGUCCAGAUUCAUCCCACCACAAAACUGCCAAAUGGCACUCUCUAUGCCAAGAAACACGACAUCCUCAACUUCACCUGUACCAGCAUCUCCCGGCCUGUACCCACAACCAAAUGGGAUUUCUACCCAUCCAGUUCUACAAAUGAGCUAUUCACAGAAGUUAACAACUCCCAGAACUCCUUCAUCCUGCAUCACAUGUCACCCGGGUACCAAGGAAACUAUACGUGUUCAGCGAAGAACCCGCUCAGUGGCUUCCAAGCAACGAUGACGCAAGAACUCCUGGUCUACUAUCCUCCACCAGCCCUGCCCCAGUGUUGGGUUCAGACCUCCAAUGAAAGCACCAGAGGGGUACAGUUGUUCUGCCAGUGGCCUGGAGGUUACCCACACCCCACACUCCACUGGAGAGACAAAGAGGACCUGAGCGGCAGGGAGAUCAACACUACAAGCCUGGCAGACUCCGUGGUGGCAACGCUGAACAGCUCGCAGCUACUCCACGAGAAGGAGUUCAUGUGCCAUGGAAGGCAUGUCUUGGUGCAGGAGGCAAAGGCAGCCUGCACUGUGCAGUUGACAAACCCUUUGGUCACAUCCGACCCUGUGAGGAGCUGUUUUGUCGGGAAGGCUGUGGCUCUGACCUGCCAGUCGAUCGCUGGCAACCCACGAGCCAGAAUCACCUGGCUGCGCAACAUUUCCCAGCCAGAGAGAGAGAUCCGGUCCAGUGGGAGGUUCCGCAUCAGCCAAGAGGGCAACACGUCCACCCUCAUCAUCCAGAACUGCUCCCGCAGCACGGAUGAGGGUUACUACGUCUGCAAAGCCGAGAAUUCUGUGGGGCUAAGAGAAAUGUACAUCCAUCUUACUGUGAAUGAACCUGUUAAUGUUGGUGGCAUUGUGGGAACUAUAGUGGUCCUUUUGCUGCUGGGAAUUCUGGUCUUCUUUGGAGUUUUCUUAUAUGCUGGUCCUCGUUUGUGCCCCAAAGGCACCCUGCUCAGGACUCGAGAUUCAAGCGACAUCCUUGUGCUGAUGGAUUCGGAGGAUGAGGAUGUGCCCACAGAAGCCCCUGGGGACCCGGCUUGGCACAGAGCAAUGGUGCGGGCAAAUGGACACGCUACCAGGACAACGGAAAGUUCCCAUGCAGAGAAGCCCAGUGAAUUCGACUUGGAAGAAAAAGAACCCAGAACCACAACGUAAAGCACCCCUCCAUUUUUUUCUUCUUAUUUAUGAGAAGACAAAGCAUCAUCAUGACGUGGCUGCAUCUGGACCACAGGGGAGGAGAAGCGCUUUCAGCAGCCAUCUUGUUCUCUUCUUGUCUGUCUUCGCCCACUAUUGCCCGUCUUUUCCACGUGUCGUCAUUCUCUCUUGCGUUGUUCCUUUCCUCCAAAUCCCUGUUGAACAUUGAGAUUGAAACCUAAGCCUAUAAUGGAGGAAAUGCCCCAUGGUGCAGAGAACCCAAAGUGCGGUGUCUUUGAAGCAAGAUAAAGACGGUGCUUGGAAUUGAGCUUCCAGAGGCUCAAAGUGGCCCAGGACAGCAGGAAGAGCUGAAUUGGGGAGGGGGGGAUUGGCUAGAAACUGGCGGAAGCUGAUGUUCAGGGUUCUCAGAAUUAAGGUGCAAGAUCUUCAGGCUUGUUCAGCCAGUACCUAGGGUCAGCUUGUAAGUGGAAGCAGCCAAGAGGAUACUUCCUCCGUUAAGCAAGUACAUGCCGGUCUUUCCUCUGAUCCCCAGUAGUAAGUGAAUUUCAGGAUUAGCAGUAUCAUAGGCCUGUGCGUAUCCUGUGCUGCUCAGGACUGAUAGAGUGGCAAAAGAAAACUGUGUGUGAGUGUGAGAACCAGCCUUUUCUCUUUCCUUAGAGUAAGGAACACAGGUCGCCGUUGCAGAUGAGAAGCAAGCUGACUCAAAGCAUGUGUAUCACGUAGUGCUUUUCAGCUCCUGUGUGUCUAUGUUAAAAAUCUGUAAGGCAGUUCUAAGUGCAUUGGUGCCUGAGAAGCAGAAGGGUGCUUUUAAAUGAGCUUGUGUCUGGUUUCUAAAUUGAUUUAUGGCUGGGCACAAAACAGUUUUUUUUAUAUUAUAAUAUGCAGACUUCCUGCUCUUUACAUAGCACAUAUGAUUUAGGCCAAUUUUAUUUUUUAUACAUUAACACCGUGGACAAUUAACACUUAUGAAGAAGCAACAAUACCACACAUGCCCCUAGCCCAAACACUUUUGAUGCUUGACAGAAGAGGUAUUGAUUGUCCCUUCUUACCUGCAUUGCAUUCAGGCUCCGUAACAGUAAGUUUUGUUCACUCUAUCCAUGUUCAGUUCUUCUUUCAGAUGACCUCUGGUUCUCUUCCUUUUCCCCACAAGUGUUAUCUAUAUUUGUGCCGGCCCCUCCCUUCUAUCUAUUCCAUAUCCUGUUUGAAACAGGAGUUGCAUUUGUUAUAUUUUCCAAAGUAGGGAAGCUCGUGUCCUUCUGGGCACAUGUUUACCCAGAACACCAUGUGGCAUCCUUAUCCGGGCACAUCUCAGGUAAGGGUUAGGCUCUGCUUAGGCUGAGUGCAAACUCAGCCAUGAAGAGGACACUGUAGAGCAAAAGUUUUCAAACUGGGAGACAGACACAUUGAAGUUACACAGUAUAGAUCUAGUUAGGGCUGCCAACUACUGGCUGGGAAAUUCCUGGAGAUUUUUAGGGGGGAGCUUGGGGAGGGCAGGGUUUGAAAAGGGAAGGGACCUCACCUGAGUGCUAUGAUUUAGAGUCCACCUUCCAAGGUAGCCAUUUUCUCCAGGGAACUGAUCUGUGUCACCUGGAGAUCAGUUGUAAUUCCAGGAGAUCUCCAGCCACCACCUAGAGGUUGGCAACCUUAUCUGGAGAGACCCAGUUUCAAAUCCCCUCUUGCCAUGAAAUUUUCUGGGUGAUCUUGAGCUGUCUUUCAGUCUAACCUACCUCAGUGGGAUCUUGGGAGGAUAACAUAAAGGAAGGCAGAACCACAUAUGCUGCCCUCAGCUCCUAGGAAGGAGGGUCAGAUUAAACAUUGUAGAUAAGGAGGCUCAGGCAGGCGAGAUUAAAAUACUGUAGAUAAGGAGGCCCAGGCUGUUGCUAGGGGAGGCCUCAACAGAGCUGAAAAGGGGCAGGGACCCUGAAGAAUGCAUAGAAAACACAAGAACAAUCAGGGCAGAAGUGCAAAAUGAAAAAAAAAUACACUAGUUUUUUCCACCAAGUGCUCCUUACUGCUCAAAUUCUGUUGCAAUGAAUGGGAACCAGGCAAAAGCACCUAUCAGCUCCCAUUCAUUUCCAUGGGGCAGGCUGUUAGAUCAUGCCCAUUUUCCAGCCCACCCACUCAGUUGCAUGUGCCUUCACGUCUCGGGCUGGCUUGGACCUGGCUAGCUGUCCUCUUGGAAAGACUGGUUACUUAAUUCUCUCUGGCUUUACAAGCACGAUUCCCAAAGAGCUAUCAAGAAACAGUCUCCUGUCAAUGUGUCUGUGGAGAUGAUCUUUUGCUUAUGAAAUAAAAUUUGUAUUUUGGCUUUGA